AUGGCUGACGCGAAAAAACCUUACUACAAAUAUUGCAUCGUACCUCGAUGUAAAAGUACAACAGUCAAGUGCAAAGACAAGUUAUUUUUUAGUGUUCCGAAAGAAAACGGAAUCCGUAAAAAAUGGAUCAAGGCGAUGAAAAGGGACGAGAAACUCAACUCCAAACUAUCGAAUAAAUCGUCUUUAUGGUGUUGUGAAGAUCAUUUUUCGUUAAAGGAUGACAUGGAAAAUUAUCUUCAGUGGAGUUUGACGAAAGAUGUCAGAAGACUGAAGUUAAAACCAGGCACUGUCCCUCACCUUUUCCAUUGCCAAUCACAGAAUGUGGAGGUGCCAAUAGAACGGAAAGGGGCAAAGAAACGGGCACAGAUGUUCCUUGUGCAAGAAGCAUUUGCUUCAGCUGCUGCACAAAACAGAAGUGAACCUACACAAGAUGCCCAAGAAGAUCUUGAUAUUGCUAUACCUCGUUUCUGCGACAAAAGUACACAAACAGAGGAAAAUAUAUUGAAAAAACCGGUGAAAUAUUUUAGGAGCAAAGGAAUCAAUACAUCAGUUGCUAUAAGAUCAGUUGCAACAUCACCGGUGAAAUUUAAUGUACCUGAAUUUAUAACUGAUUUAAGCUGUUUGCCUGCCAAGGACUUUCUCAUACCUCGAGAGGAAAAUGAACACCGUGGAGAUAGUGAAUUUGAAUCCCCCAGUAAAAGCAGCAGUGGAGCUUCGCAGUGGAGCCCAACCAUCAUGAAAACCAAGAAGACUCCCAAGUACAUCGAAGUAGAUGGUUACAGAUAUUGCCAGUGCUUUGUUCCAGACAUUAUCAAAGCUGCGAUAGAUUACAAACCAGCCCCCAACGAUAUUUUCGUAGCCACCUAUCCGAAAUGCGGCACCACGUGGAUGAUUCAGACGGUAAUGCUCAUCUUAAAUAAAGGGAAAGUCCCGGACACAAUAGAAGAGUACUUCGCUUUGAGUCCAUUUUUGGAAAUGCUGGGCCCCGAGGAAAUCAAAAACAUGCCAGGUCCUGGGUGCAUCAAGAUCCAUUUUCCAUUCAAUUUGACUCCCUACUCCCCAGAUGCUAAAUAUGUGUACGUCGCUCGAAACCCGAAAGAUUGUUGCAUUUCUUUUUUCCAUCACACCAAGUUAUUCCCAGCAUACUACUACAACGAUGGCACAUUCGAAGAGUUCUUUGAGUUAUUUAUCGAAGGUAAAACAGAUUUCAAUGAUUAUUUUGACAAUCUUCUAUCUUGGUACGAGCACAGAAAUGACUCCAACGUGUUCUUUGUGACCUACGAGGCAAUGAAGAAAGAUCCAGCAAGUACCAUCCAGAAAUUGGCAGCGUUUCUCGGCAAGGAGUAUUCUGAUGCGUUAGCGGACAACGAGGAAUUACUUGGGGAAAUCGUGCACAAGAGUAGCUUCGAACACAUGAAGAAGACAACGAACAAGCUUUUUAUGGAGAUGCUUGACCGGUGCGAAGAGUAUGCUGAAAACCCGAAGGCGCCGAGGGGCUUCAGAGCCUGGUGCAAGUUUAAUGCAGAAGCUAUCAAAGAAGGACAGGGUUCAAAUGGAGAUUUUGUUCGUAAUGGAGGCGUUGGAAAUUGGAAAUUAGAACUCUCUGAAGAACAGGAAGAAAGACUUAACAAAAGAAUUCUAGAGAAAACCAAAGGCUCCGAUGUAAUGACAUUGUGGAAUGAAGAAAGUUGA